ACAUAGGGUUCAUAAGAGCAAACCUUGUUCACAACUCCAAAUUAAGUUAAUUCAAAGUCUAUCUUUGAAUACAUCAAAUCAAACUCGUGGCUUUGAAUCGUGAAAGGAAAGUAAAAUCAAGAGUUGAACCCUCUAAUCACUUCACAACCAACAAGUACCUGACUUGAUUUUCUAUAAGAGAAUUCAACGACUUCCCUUUUUUCCAAUUUUAACACGUAUCGAAAAAUUCAGCAAAGGACACAUACUUUGUUCUGUAUAUAUAAGUAAGAGGAAACCAGGUGGACUAAUCAUCCUAUAUUUAAUCCUUAUAAAAAAAAGACAACCAUGUUUUGAAAGAGAAAAGCAACAAAAUUGAAGAUACCCUUUUGUUGAAACAAAGUUCUCUUGGUGGGUUUGUUUAGUCUAUGGGGUUAUCCCUCUCCAUACUUGUUUCAGCCUGGAAAGAAAUUGUAGAGCGUAGCCAAAACUCUGGUUUUUUACAACACACAAGCUGUUUUUCUCCCAAAGGUGUUGCUUUCAAAUACAGUAGAACACAGAGCUUUAAGAGAACAGAAUCAGAAACCAUGACAGUAAUCCCAAAUGGUUCUAACGAUACCAAAAGUGACAGGUCCAAUCGUUUGCAGCAUUACAAACCGGAGAAAGUUAUUCUUGAGAGUAAUCUUUCAUUCAAGAGCCUUGUUCAAGACCCAAUAGAGAGUUUGACUUUUAAGAAAAAAAACCAAAUAAAUAAACACAAACCAAUCCCCACACUUUCUCUGCCUGAACCAGCUAUUAUGUUCUCACCUAGACCGGUCAGUGAGCUUGAUGCUGCUGCUGUUAAGCUUCAAAAAGUGUACAAAAGUUACCGAACUCGAAGAAACCUUGCCGAUUGUGCUGUUGUCGUUGAAGAACUUUGGUGGAAAGCAUUAGACUUUGCAUCUCUCAAGAGAAGUUCUGUGUCGUUUUUCAAUGGUGAGAAGCAGGAAACUGUAGCUCAAAGAUGGGCAAGGGCUAGGACCAGAGCAGCAAAGGUGGGAAAAGGUUUGUCCAAGGAUGAUAAGGCACAAAAGUUGGCCCUACAACAUUGGCUUGAAGCUAUUGAUCCACGCCAUCGGUACGGACACAAUUUGCACGUGUAUUAUGAUAUUUGGUUUGAAAGCGAGAGUGCUCAACCCUUCUUCUUUUGGUUGGAUAUUGGAGAUGGCAAAGAGAUAAACCUUGAGAAAAUCCCAAGAAGUGUUCUCCAGCGCCAAUGCAUUACAUAUCUUGGACCCAAAGAAAGAGAAGGAUACGAAGUAAAAGUAGAAUAUGGGAAACUUAUAUAUAGACAAAGUGGGAGCCCAGUGAAUACGGUGGAGGGUUCCAAAUGGAUUUUUGUGCUAAGCACAACAAGGUCUCUUUAUGUUGGUCAGAAGAAAAAAGGCUCAUUUCAACACUCGAGCUUUCUAUCCGGGGGUGCCACCACAGCCGCUGGAAGAUUAGUAGCCCAUGAUGGUGUUCUUGAGGCUAUUUGGCCAUACAGUGGACAUUAUCAUCCAACAGAGGAGAACUUCAAAGAGUUCAUCAACUUCCUUGAAGAGAAUCAUGUGGAUCUCUCAAAUGUCAAGAGGUGUGCCAUUGAUGAUGACUAUCCUUCAUCCAUUGGUCCCAACGUGUUACAAAAAUCAGGCUCGACAACUCCAAAGAAAUCGGACGGUGUUAAGAUGGCUGAUGUGGCUAAGGAGAAUACAAUCACAGCCGUCAAAAAAGAGGAGAAAAAGAAGGUCGAGUGUGAUAAAGCUAAGCCACCAUUGUUUGAUUUGGGCCAGCGUCUUUCUUGUAAAUGGAGUACUGGAACUGGGCCCAGAAUUGGGUGUGUCCGGGACUACCCAACAGAGCUUCAAUCAAGAGCCCUCGAACAAGUCAACCUAUCACCUCGAGUGGCUCCUGGACAAUGUUUCAGUUACGGCCCAAUUCCAUCUCCAAGGCCAAGCCCAAAAGUUCGUCUCUCUCCAAGGCUUGCGUAUAUGGGCCUCCCUAGUCCAAGAACCCCAAUCACUACCAUUAACUAAGUCAUAUUGACUCAAGGCUUUGUUCGUCACUAUAUGGCCCAAUAAUGAAUCUUCUCAACCUUCUUCAAAAAUCAAAAUAAAUGGGAGGGUAGGAGCUAACCUUUUUUUUUUCUUCCCAUUUUUUUCAUUCUUUAAAAAUUGUUUCUAAUAUUCCAGCCAUUUUUUUUUUCAAUUGUACCAGCCUAAUAGAUAGGUCUCUCUAUUUAUUUCCUUUUUUACACCCUUUUUCCGCUCAUAUUUUUUUGGGCUGGGAAUAUUUAUUUGUUUGUCUUGUAAAAGUAAAGUAUAUGUGACAUUCGUAAACAACGAAUUAACUUAGAAUAAUUAUACGGGGUUAAGUUUGUAAACAUAAUAUAGUAUACAUUGAAUUAUUUGAGGGAAGAAAUAAGAGAAUUUAUAGUAAAUUUAUUGUUUUAAUGA